AUGGACCUCUUGCCUGAUCUGUGGAAGCAUGAGUACUGGCUGCCUCCUGGGAUCACCUGGAAAGACAUGGAGCAGAUGGAGGAGUAUCCGCGUCCCCGUGACCUGCUGUUUGCCUUGCCUCUGGCUCUGGGGUUCAUUGCCCUCCGCUAUGUAUUUGACACGUAACUUUUUUAAGAACUACUGUAUGGACUCCAUCUUGGAUACCUUCCGUGUUGGUUUGCAACAAUACUUUGGCUGUGGUCUCAUGUGGCUCAGUUGGUAGAGCGUGUCACUUGUAAUGCCAGGGUUGUGGGUUCAAUUGAAAUAUGAAAAUAUAUGUACUCACUACUCUGGAUAAAUUGAUAUUUAAAAAAUGUAAUCAACAAAGGAAUGUGUGUCUGAAAUAUGAGUCAGUGACUUCUAAAAAGGGGAAGAUUGGGUCAAACUUUAUUUGGAAAGUCCUGAUAGUCCAUCUGUAGAUACUCUAGAGAUGGUUAUACCAUCAACAAACUAUCUGUUGAUAAGCAACUGCUUGCUAAGUUUACGGUUAGGUUUAGGGUUAGCGUUAGGUUUAGAAUAAGGAUUAGGUUAAGGUUAGGGUUAGGGUUAAGUUAAGGGUUAGGAUAAGGAUUAAGGUUAGGGCUAGGGUUAGUACAUAGUUAGUUGAAAUGUUACUGAGCAUCUACAGAUGCACUAUCCAAAUAAAAUGUUACCAAUUCAACUCACACAGAGGAGCAAUCUGAUUGUACACUGCAAAACUGCACCCUUUCAUUGACAUCAAGAUUACUCUAAUUUUGUUUACCCAGUGAAAAUGUUUGAGUAAUGGCAUACCGGUAUCUAGCAUUUUUAUAGUUGAAUAAUAGCAUGAUUUCUCCACAGUGUGACUGUUCCGCAUCACAGGUUUGAUUGAAUUCUUGAUGAAGUCUUGUCAUGCUCCAUCACCUCACAACAAAUAGUAGGAGUGAAAUUAGCUCCAUCCUCAUUGGAGGAUGCUGUUUUGUUGGUUGACCUGCACUGUACAGAUGUAGGAUCUUAAUUUGAACCAGUUUGCAACAGCGGGAAAUUAAUCUUGCAGCAACAGGAAAUGUUAAUUAUUAUAAUUAAUGGACAUUUUUGUAUUGGUUGAUACAUUUUUUGUAAGGGAAAAUCAAGUCUGAAAUGUGAAAGUGCUUUGAAAUUACAAACUUCAGAAGCCUCUUUAAACCUAAAAUACACUACAUGUUUUUUAAUUUCAUUGCAGGCAUGUUCUCCUGCAACAGGGUGAUCAAAUUAAGAUCCUACAUCUGUAUGCCUACAGGUGAUUUGGCAGGUAUUGUUAUUGGUAUCUCAGGUCAGUUGGGAAUAGUAGAGAGAACAGGUGUGAGCGGUUUGCUAAAUGAGAGAACAGUAGCAGGUAGAUUGGAGAGAAGAUGGGCUCUGUUGCUACAGCAGCUGUUUCCUACGGUAACCUGAGAAGCUUUCUCUGGCCUAAUAAAUGGCUUAGAGGUUAUUACAGCAACACAGACAUAAGCACAGAUUUUCUGUAUACAGACACAUGCUGUGCACACACACAUGCACACACAUGCACACACCGGUACACACAUACACACACACACAUCAUGUAUAGAUUAACAAAGAGCUAUAGAGAGUCACACAUAUUGUCAUAUUGUCAUUAGUAAUACUUCACCUCUUGUCGAGGAGAUCAAUAACUGUGUUUAUGUUUUCCUCACUGCCAGGGUUGUGGCUCCCCCCUUGGGCAGAUAUGUGGGGUUGCGGAACAGAUUACACAUGGCUGCCACUCCCUCCCCAAAGCUUGAGUCCUUCUACACCCAAAAAAAACGACAACCAUCUCAGGUUAGUGUCAGAGACAUCAAACUCUGAUAAUGAUAUAUGCCAGUCUUGAUCUCUCACCGUCAACAUAGCUGCUGGAAGUGUUUGCACUGUGGGAAUGGAACGGUGACGGGGACAUGCAUCCUGGUCUACGAGUUCCUAGAAAAUAUUGGUACAAGUGAUACCACUUAGAAUAAAGUUACUGUGUACCUACACUGGAAUAGCGCCCUCUACUGUAUGUAACAGAUUACAUAGGAAAACAAAUAGGUUUGGAACAUAUUGGACUAAUAUACAAUAACUUUUAGCGGGAGCUGUACACUGUAAAAUCCUGUUGUUUCUACAGUAACUUACUGUCAGUUUAACAGUACUUUGGUUUAACAGUACAUUACUGGAAUUUACAGUUACAUACUGUACUUUUUAUUUUAUUUUUUACAGUAACUUACAAGUAACUGUCUGCCAGUAAGUUACCAUAAAAACAACAGGAUUUUUUAAAACCGUGUAUUAUUACAUUUAUAGCUGUAAUAAUGUUCUCUCUAUAUCCCUUCAUAUUUAGAGUGAGAUCGUCAGUCUAAUGGCACAAUGUGACAAAACCCAGAGACAAAUUGAGACCUGGUUCCGUCACCGCAGAAAUCAAGACAGGCCUAGCCACACCAAGAGGUUCUGCGAGGCUUCGUAAGGUCUUUCAUUUAUCUUCAAUCACUUGUAUAACCACAUUUUAAAAAUUAUGUAUUUAUUUUAACCUUUGUUUAACCAGGCAAGUCAGUUAAAGAUGCACUAUGCAGAAAUCGCUCCACCAUUUCCUGGUUGCUAACAUUCUAAUAGUUCGCCUAACUUCAGUUUAUGUGACUAAACAAGCAAGUAUAGUGUAAUACUUGAAAUAUCUUUUCCAUUCCCCAAAAAUAUUGUAUUUUCAGCUGUUUGAAGCUGGUGUAGAAAACUGAAAGUAAAAGACGCAAAAAUGAAACAUAAGAACGGGAAACAUAGAAAAAGCGCACAUAGAACAGAUCUACCGCUUCUUAGACUUGCUUUCAAUGAGAAUGACAUAGCUAUAAUAUACAUUUCUAUGUGAAUUUGGUUGGGUCGCCCAAAAAGUUACAUAUUGCAGCUUUAAGAACAAAUUCUUAUUUAUUUACAAUGCCACCUUGGUCAUCGGGAAAAGUCCUGUGAAAUUCAAUGAUACUCAAUAAGUCAUUCCAUUUUCACAUGUUGCCAAUGCAGCUCCAGUUGUAAGACCUUAAAUUGUAACUCUAAAACCUGUCAUUUUGCAGUUGGAGGUUUUUCUUCUACCUCAUAGCAUUCCUAGCUGGACUCCGAACUUUGAUUGAUGUAAGUAUUAGUAUGAACCAGUAUUGAUAGUUUGGGACUAGUUUGGGACAGCUUUGAAGUGUAGGAAUAUGGACGCUAAAAUAACAAUGACUGAAUCCUCAGCUACUUGUCCAAAGUUAAGUGAUACUUUUGCAGGCAGGCUUACUGGUUUUUAAGUCAUAGAGCUCUAUUCAAUCCGUAGCGCUGAGAUUCCGCUUUAUAGCGCGAUUGACAAUUAAAGGCAAUGUUCCCGCGGUUGCGGAGACUGUAUUCACGGUAAACGCUGCAUAUGUCGGCUCAAUAGAAAAUUACCUUUACGUUUUAAUGCAGAUCUUCGGCGAUACUUUGGCAAUACGGAUUGAAUCCAGCCCUUACUUAUUGCUUAACUUUAGGUCACAUGUGAUUAAUUUGCAUGAUAAACUUGUUUAUUCCAUCUCCUUUCCCUACAGAGAUCCUGGUUUUGGGACCAGAGGGAAUGCUGGAGAGGAUAUCCACAACAGGUGAGCUCCUAUGUUCUGUUUUCCCUUCAAUCUACCUUUUAACUUACAGAGCACAAAUAUGUACUUUUCUGUACUGUUUUUGUCCCUCAGGUGUAUAGUGACUUGAUGGUAUAAUUUACUACAGUAUAGAAUUAAUCUCUAUUAGAUCAUACUGUAUCUCUGGCAAUCAAUAACCAGGCGUUAUUUUGUACAGAAUCAUGAUGGAACAAGACAUCAAUGACCAGGAAAAAACUCAUGGCCCUACCUAAGUACAGGAAAGGGAAAGGGAAAGCGGAUACCUAGUCAGUUACACAACUGAAUGCAUUCAACCGAAAUGUGUCUUCCGCAUUUAACCCAAUCCCUCUGAAUCAGAGAGGUGCAGGGGGCUGUGUUAAUCGACAUCCACGUCAUCGGCGCCCGGGGAACAGUUGUUGUUGAGGUAGUACAGUAUGGUUGAUUCUGGUUGGAAAUUCCCACUCAUUCAUUUCCACAUUCAUUUAGCGGUGGAUAAAGACAUUCCACUUUAACACUUAGCUCUCAUGGCUAUGAAUUGUACACUUUUGCUGUAGGAUCCCAAGUGUGCUUAUAAACCUACUACACUAUAUGUACAAAAGUAUGUGGACACCCCUUCAAAUUAGUGGAUUCGGCUAUUUCAGCCACACCCGUUGCUGACAGGUGUAUAAAAUCGAGCACACAGCCAUGCGCUCUCCAUAGACAAACAUUGGCAGUAGAAUGGCCUUACUGAACUGCUCAGUGACUUUCAACGUUGCACCGUCAUAAGAUGCCACCUUUCCAACAAGUCAAUUUGUCAAAUUUCUGCCCUGCUAGAGCUGCCCCGGUUAACUAUAAGUGCUCUUAUUGUGAAGUGGAAACGUCUAGGAGCAACAAUGGCUCAGCCGCGAAAUGGUAGGCCACACAAGCUCACAGAAUGGGACCGCAGAGUGCUGAAGCACGUAGCGCGUAAAAAUCGUCUGUCCUCGGUUGCAACACUCACUACCGAGUUCCAGACUGCCUCUGGAAGAAACAUCAGCACAAUAACUGUCUGUCGGGAGCUUCAUAAAAUGGGUUUCCAUGGCUGUGCAGCUGCACACAAGCCUAAGAUCACCAUGCGCAAUGCCAAGCGUCGGCUGAAGUGGUGUAAAGCUUGCCGCCAUUGGACUCUGGAGCAGUGGAAACGGGUUCUCUGGAGUGAUGAAUCAUGCUUCACCAUCUGGCAGUCCGACGGACGAAUCUGGGUUUGGCGGAUGCCAGGAGAACGCUACCUGCCCGAAUGCAUAGUGGCAACUGUAAAGUUUGGUGGAGGAGGAAUAAUGGUCUGGGGCUGUUUUUCAUGGUUUGGGCUAGGCCCCUUAGUUCCAGUGAAGGGAAAUUACAUUCUAGACGAUUCUGUGCUUCCAACUUUUUGGCAACAGUUUGGGGAAGGCCCUUUCCUGUUUCAGCAUAACAAUGCCCCUGUGCACAAAGCGAGGUCCAUACAGAAAUGGUUUGUUGAGAUCGGUGUGGAAGAACUUGACUGGCCUGCACAGGGCCUUGACCUCAACCCAAUCAAACACCUUUGGGAUUAAUUGGAACGCCGACUGCGAGCCAGGCCUAAUCGGCCAACAUCAGUGCCCGACCUCACUAAUGCUCUUGUGGCUGAAUGGAAGCAAGUCCCCGCAGCAAUGUUGUUCCAACAUCUAGUGGAAAGCCUUCCCAGAAGAGUAGAGGCUGUUAUAGAAGCAAAGGGGGGACCAACUCUAUAAUAAUACCCAUGAUUUUGGAAUGAGAUGAUCGACGAGCAGGUGUCCACAUAGUUUUGGUAAUGUAGUGUAUCUAGGACUAUACAGUGAUGUAGUGGUAAAAAAAAUAGGUAGGUAAGCGCUGAUCGGUGUUCGCGGUGAGUAAAGUAACACUCCCUAUACUUUCAAUGCAUUUUUCUGCUAAAAGUGGGUAAACCCUCACGCAAAGUAAAUAAGGUGUGGAAAUGGUAUUUGUGUGCGUUUACGUUCCACUACACUACUGGGCCUAUCCUUUCCUGUUAUGGUUGUGAAUCUUAUUUUUGCAUUUGAAAACGUAUAUUUUCCUUGAUAUUCAGCAUCGGUACAUAGCCAUUGGAUGUGGGUAUAUGUUAUAGCCAAUCAUAGUAAUCCAGUAGGCUAAUGUAGCAUAUGGGGAUGUGUGAAACUUACUCCUCAGCCUGAAGUGUCCCCACUUGUGUCGCGGAAUAGCUAGCUUUUCGUGUGGCACGACUGGUAAGACGCUUCGGUAGGGCGGUCACAUGUGCUAGCAAAGCAGAGGUCCUGGGUUUGAGCCUCGGUGUGAGCCGAAUCAGGAGGAAGCGAGCUAAGCAAGCAGCGCAACGUCCUUUACACUAACUCUGGGAAGAUCUCAACUGCAUACUUCUCGCGUCCUCUCUCCUCCUCAAAACCCAUUGUAGGAGAAGGUCAGAGGGGAGGGACCUCUGGCGUUCUCAUCCAAUGGGUUUUGAGAAGGAGACGAGGAGACAGGAGAGAGGAAACUAAGAAAAUGCAAUUGAGAUCUUCCCACUGUGCUUCCUUGUCCUCUGCAGCCCAUUGAGAGGGCCCACUUCUGGUACUACCAGCUGGAGUUGGGCUUCUACUUCUCUCUGCUUCUCUGUGUCACUGUGGACGUCAAGAGGAAAGUAAGUCCCUUCAUCUGCCUGCUAUUCACGUCCUGCCAGGACCAUGAUAACCUAACAUAGCAGGCGUAAAAGAAACACCUGAGCGGGCUUGGGAGAAACCAGAAGCAUCUGGUUUUCAGGCUUCACCUCUUCCUCUCUGUUGUUCCCCUGAAAACCGGAUUCUUCCGGUUUCUACAGACCCCGCCGAGGGUGGGACCAUGAUAACAAGCAGUCCCCAUUUAUAACACAUCACUUACUAAUAGAGAUCAGGGUACGACAAGGCAAGGAUCAGGGUAAGACAUUAUUUGCUCCCGCUCACAUUUUAUACAUGGUUAGCUCUACUUUAUUUGGGUCCCAGUUAAAAAUUGACUCAAAGACCUGUACGGUGAAUGAAUGCAUAAUCUACUUUAAAGCUCACAUGUCUUCCUCAGACAAAUGAAGGGUCAACAUGGUCUUUCAAUGAAUUAAUCCCUUGUCUGAAUAGUCAUUGAUAUCAUGUUGAACAAAUACAGCAAAGCAUUUGGAUGUACAUAAAGUCAUACUAUUGCCAUUGGCUAUUACAUUACUCGACUUUUAAACUGGUUUUGCUUCUCUUUCAUUUCUAGGAUUUCAAGGAGCAGGUGAUUCACCACAUUGCCACCAUCUUCCUGCUUGGUUUCUCCUACUGUUCCAACUAUGUACGGAUAGGCACUCUGGUGAUGCUGCUUCACGACUCCUCUGACUUCCUCCUAGAGGUAAGAGCUGGAUCACAGUCCAGCCAAUCUCCCCAUUAACGUCAGUAUGUAGCUAAAUCGUAAGAAAUUUGCAAAUCAUGCAUUUAAUUUGGGACUGGUGAACUGCACUGCACUUACAAGAGGUUAGCACUUGUCCGACACUGGUCUCACUUGCAAAUUGUAUUUUUGUCAUUGAGGGUCAAUGAGGAACAGAAUGGUCAAUUUAGCAUGGCAUGUCUUAUGACUCUAUUAGUCAUAGUCAGACAUUAGUGUGGGGUGACCUUGGUUUACCUGUAGUGCCAGGAAUGUGAACCAGUCUGUCGAUAAUCAUUAAUUACCAAUAGAGAGAGAAUACAAGAGACCAAAAGCUGUGUGUAAUGAAUUUUAUGCACAUUCAUACAUAAAAGCCUCGUCACCUAAUUCACCCAAUAGAAACAUAUUUCAAUGUUUGCAUUUGUUUACAUUAGGGAGCCAUCUUAGAAUAUCUCUUUGUUUUUACAGUCUGCCAAGAUGUUCAACUACGGCACGGGCUGGAGGAAGACCUGCGACACGUUGUUUGUCAUUUUUGCUGCUGUCUUCCUGGUGACUCGCCUGGUGGUGUUUCCCAGCAAGUAAGACCAUCUCAGUGGUAUCUCUUAGUUCUAAUAGUUUUUUCAUGACAUUAUAAUACAAUUAACAUCUUUAAAUGAUGUGCAAUUGUGAAUGUAUUAGUAUUGAUAUUUGAUAGAGAAUGCAACACUACUUAAACAUAUUAAUUGAUUACCUAAUUGUGUCAAGGCAACUAAAUCGGCCACUAAUCCAGAACAAUGUUUGGUUGAGCAACAAUGUAACAAACAAAAUGUCUUAGAAUAUGAUAAUUUACUAACUGGAAUGCUUUGAAUUGACUUCUAAUCAUUGCAUGAAUUGCUUCCUCUUCCCCUACCCCCCCUGCCUUGAUUUCUAGAAUAAUCCACACAACCCUUGUGCUGUCCAUGGAAGUAUUUGAACCCUUCACUGGCUACAAUUUUUUCAAUGUUCUUCUGAUGGUGCUACAAGCACUUCAUGUCUUCUGGGCUGUGUUAAUCCUACGGAUGGCCUACAAGUUUCUCUUCUUGGGCAAGGUGAGUAAAUGAGGUCACAAAAUGACCAGGACACAAAUAGCCUAACACGUGUUCCAUGAGUGUUCAUGAUGUGUAUCUGUUUGUGUCUUCAGCUGGAUAAAGAUGAACGCAGUGAUGAAGAGAGUGAGCCGGAAGAGGGGGAGGACGACAAGGGAGACGGGGAGGAGGAAGACGAAGAGGUGGAGUAUUUUGGGGAGAGAAGUAAAGAGGCCCUAAACCUCCAAACUGAAAAUUCUGACCAAUAG